AUGGGAAUCACUACAGUAGACUUAACUCCUAGUACUGAGGCUCGCCUCUUCUCCCCAACUCGCCGACGUUUUGCUGCUGCAGUUUUGAUUCAAGCAUCACAUCGCACCGAAAGCGGGCCUCGUCCGAUCGAACCGUGCGAAAGCUACAAACACCGCCAAACCAUCUUUUCAGGAUCGUUAACGAGUAGUGUCUCGGGGCCGUCCGUCGUGGCGGAGACGGGUGACACGCAGGAAAGCACCCUCUAUGAGACGUCUGCGAAGAAGCAGAAGAAGGUAACUGCACCAAAGAUCGUGCGAGGCACUACAAGAUCGGGCAAGAAGGACUCGAUUUUCUGGGAUUUCGACGGUGUGGACGGAGGGAAGGACUGGAUGACAAACUCAUCCAACUAA